AACUUCAAAAAAUAUUGCAGCACGUGUGUUUUGUGUAGUGUGUGAGGCACGUUGAGGGUUCUUUGUUUUUGUAUUAUAUUUGUAUCCUUUGUCGUUGGAAUGCAACGGAUGGGUGCUCCUUUCAAAACAUGUGGACGAGAGUGAGACAUUUUCUCACUGCAUCCAGAGCACAUCAUGUACGAUCUCCAAGUAAAUCCACUACAUGUGAAAAUUCACAGUCAGACUUUCAUAGAUCAUUCUCCACUUACAAGCUAUGCAGCUCUCCUAAGGAAUGCACAAGUCCUAUCUCAGUGGCUGGGUUGCUGGAGCAGAUCAGUUACAUUGGAGGAAUGGUGCAGCUUCAAAGGCAUGUCCACAUGGCAGCAAGUCUUCAUGCGCAGGUAAUCCAGCAAAAUCUCCCCGUCAGCGUGGAUGAAGUGAAGAUCAGGAAUGUGCUGAAGGCAAACAAUGUGGCAUUUGAGCUGGGCUACACCUGUUUUAUCAUGGACUGCAUUUUCUGCAAGCACAAGAAGGCAGGCAGAAAAUCUGAUGGAGAGAAAAUGUAUGUGAACAUUAUUACAGGCUCGUUUGUGUGCCACCAGUGUGGCCGGAGCGGCAGCUGGGCGCAGCUGGAGGACCAUCUGAGUCUGCGGCGGCCCGGCGCCGGCCGCAAGGCCGCCCGUCUGCCGCCGGCCGCCGCUGAGGAGCCGCCGCCGCCGCCGGCCGCCGUCACCCGCCUCUGGGAGGCAGCCCAGCCGGCAGAGUCCCUGGAGCAGACCGCGCUGCAGCCGGCGCUGGAGCGGCUCGGACUGCGGGGUAUCAGCGCGGACACUUUGCGCCGGUUCGAGGCGCGUCUGACGGCCGACGGCGGCCUGGCAGUACCUCUGCGGAGACCCGACGGCUCUCUGGCCGGGGUACGCCUGCUGGCGGCGGCCGGCACUGAGCGCACGCUGCCGCCCGGACUGCCGCUGCCGGCCGGCGCGGGCACCGUGCGCGGUCGCGACUACGCCGUGCUCACCGCGCGGCUGGUGGACGCGCUGGCCAUCAGCGAGAAGGCCCGCCAGCCCGUGCUGGCACUGCCCAACGGCAGCAGCAGCCUGCCGCCGGAGCUGCUUCCGCACCUGGAGCGGUUCCAGCGGCUCACUCUCUGGUUUCCUGACGACGUGGUCAGCUGGUACGCCGUGCGGGUGUUUGCGCGGAAACUGGCUGAACGGCGCUGCUUCACCGUCAGGCCGUCCUCGGAGCACGGCCCUCCUCUCCAGGCGCUGCAGGCGGGCGUCUCGCUGACCCGCGCCCUGGAGGCGGCCGCCCCUCUCUACCACAACGCCAUCACCACGUUCUCAGCACUGCGGCAGCACGUCUUCGAGGAGAUCUCAAACGCCAAUCAGGUGGCCGGCGUGCAGUGGAAGCGGUUCCCGGCGCUGAACCGGCUGCUGCGCGGCCACCGGCGCGGCGAGCUGACCGUCGUCUCGGGACCCACCGGCGCCGGGAAGACCACAUUCAUCAGCGAGUACUCGCUCGAUCUCUGCAUGCAGGGGGUGAACACGCUCUGGGGCAGUUUCGAGAUCAACAACACGCGCCUGGCCAAGGUGAUGCUGCACCAGCUGGCCAACUGUGCGCUCGACAAACACAUCGACAGGUUCGACCAGGCGGCCGACGAGUUUGAAAAGCUGCCCAUGUGGUUCAUGACGUUUCACGGCCAGCAGAGCAUACCCCACGUGCUGGACGCCAUGUCGCACGCGGCGUACGUGCACGAUAUCGGCCACGUGGUGCUGGACAACCUGCAGUUUAUGAUGGGUGCCGGUGAGCGCGGCAUGGACCGCUUCUUCGAGCAGGAUGCCGUCAUCAGCCGGUUCCGACGGUUCGCCACCAUGAAAAACUGCCACGUCACGCUGGUCAUACACCCAAGGAAGGAGCGGUCGGACGAGGAGCUGGGCCUGGCCUCGGUGUUUGGCGGGGCGCGCGCCACACAGGAGGCCGACAACGUGCUCAUCAUGCAGGUCCUGAGAACCGGCGACACCCAGAGGAAGUACAUUCAGGUUCUGAAGAACCGGUUCAGUGGAGACCUGGGCCCGAUGCCGCUUCACUUCAACAAGGACUCUCUCAGCUUCGUCGUCAAGAGGAAGAAAAGGGUGUCGGAGUCCGAGCCGCCGGCCAAGGACCAUCCGGAGUCGCGAGGCUCGGACUCGACCGUCAGACAGAGGGUAAAACCCGCGGCGGCGACACAGACGCGGCAGACGGCCGCUGCGCCCGAGCCGCCGGGUGAAGACCCGGCUCCUGAGUAGGAUGGUGGACCCGCCUGCCAGAGUCGAUAGAGUUGAUCGAAGUACGGGUCAACAGGGGCGGGCCGACCGCCGUCCGCCGGCCCUAGUGCUGUGAUCUCUGAACACACUGUGCCAUCUCAUCAGCCCGGUACUCAGUCUCUGUGACUAGGAAUUUGCCAGUCUGUGCCUGACUGGGCAGCACCAGUCGGCAGCCUGUGACUGCUUGGCUGGGUCGCGUUGACUGAAGCCAGUCCAGUCGUCAGUACCUGACCCGGGCAGCUGCCCGGCGGACCUGUUCCAUUGUUACUGUCCGCCAGUCACUGUCGCAGCUGCCCUGAAUACAGAGCUUCACUUUUUA